CGCGAAAGGUACAUUCUAAGGCCUGUAUUUGUGACGAGAGUGCCAACGGAAUCUUUAGAAGCACACAAAGCUUCUCCUAGACGACUUUAUCUUCGAGAUACUACACCUCGAUCUUACCAAAACACCGUCAACAUUCAAGUCAGUACUUAUGCCGCGCCAGUCUCGAUGGGAGUUGCUGUUAGUGUAGGAGGUGCGAACUACAAAACACCUUUGCGUCGAAUCCACCGUCAAAUGUGCCGGGACAAUAAAUUUCUUGGCAGAUUCGGGCCACGCGCAUAUUGUCCCACCCAAACACCGGGCAUAAUUAUUGACGAAUGCCUCGGUACAAAGGCAAGGUUUGAGGUUGUCAGAGUG